AUGCUGGGUGCUAAACGUUCGAAAACAGGUGUGCCUUAUACGAUAGUGAGCCGUCACAUGUGUUAUCCUGAAAUGCGCAAACCUUUGCUUUCAAUUGUUCCGCAAUUUUUUCUACUGCGUAACGACAGUAUUGGCGCCCAUUUAGCUACCUUACUACAAUCAUCACUGAUGCGUCAAGUUCAAUCCUUUGAACUCGAUGAUAAUUGUCUAUUAAGUGGACCAAUUACUGGUGAGCAAUUGCGUAUUCCUGAAGCAGUUCAAUUGACUCAUAUUCGCUGUCAACUUCAAUCAUUGACAGUUACUAUAGCAAUGUCUAACGAAAAUCGAGAAACAUUGAAUAAUGUAAUUCAAUCGAUUUCAUGUCCGAAUUUGAAACAUUUGACGAUCAAGAUGUACCGUAAUUUUAAGAACUUCGAUGUGUGUCUUUGCCUUUUAGAACGAUUAUCGAGCGUCGAACAGUUAACAUUAAUAUUAGCGAUAGACGAAACAGAUACGACACCCAUUCAUUUUGUUGACCAAUUAUUUUCCGAAAAGAAUAUUUAUCGAUGUAUCCCUAAUUUACAUCAAUUUCAUUUCCAUAUUCGUUCAAUAUUCAAAGGUGCUUCUCAGACGACAGUUGAUCAAAUCCUUCAAGGUUUUGUAAAACGAGAACAUCAUCAAUCAUUUCAUUGUGUUAUCGAUCAUUUCAAUAAUAGUUACGGGCAGUGUCAAAUUUAUUCACUUCCAUUUAUUGGUACUCGGCUCGAUUUCGUGUCAAAUCGUUUUCCGUUCUUUGAUAAUCAUUCGACUUUUUCAUCCGUUACAACAAUGUUGCUUUUCGAUGAUGUCGAACCUUUCGAAAAUGUUUUCUUUGAACGUAUUGCUCAAGUCCUACCUCGUCUUCGAACACUUGAGAUAAUUAAUCCACUCGAACAAAAGAAAAAAUCCGCCGUAACAAAAACUAGUAACGCUCGUCGAGGUAGACUCGCUAUACCCUCGACUGAACCACUGACUGAAAAUAAAAUAGUCUUAUGUGCGUUUUAUGCAAAAAAAGACAGAACUAUAACCUUUGAAAGGGUCCCCAGAGACUGA